AACCUGUGUGUAUUGGAACCAAAGACGAUCGCAAGAGUGUGAAAAAAAAAACGAUAAAACAUCCACACAAAACCUCGUGUAACUUCGUGCAGUGCAUGUGCAGUGUGCAACGAAUGCUUUUUGAUGGUCGUUGAAAGUAUGGUUAAAAUCGAGCCCACCAUGAUGAACGGUCAGACGAUGUUCGGCGUGGCGCGGGCACCACUCAAGUCUAGCUUCUCCAUUAACUCGAUCCUGCCCGAAACGAUGAAAUCUUCACCGUCCCCGACGCCUUCGCCCACACUCCAGUCCUGCCCGUCACCGAUCGGUUCCGAGGAGCAGGAUCACGAUCUCACCGACACGGAAAGUGAUCUGGACGUAACGGGCACACCACCGCCGAUGGAUUGCAGCAGCAAGGACAAGUCAGACGAGACGGAGGGUGAUGGUGCGAGCGGCAACGGGAGUCCCUCCUCAAGCCCCGCCAAGGACGGCGAGAAGAAGGGCAACGAGAAACCGCCGUACAGCUACAACGCGCUGAUCAUGAUGGCCAUCCGGCAGAGUGCGGAGAAGCGACUCACGCUUAACGGCAUCUACGAGUACAUCAUGCGCAACUUCCCGUACUACCGCGACAACAAGCAGGGCUGGCAGAACUCGAUCCGUCACAAUCUUAGCCUUAACAAGUGCUUCGUGAAGGUGCCGCGUCACUACGAUGACCCCGGCAAGGGCAACUACUGGAUGUUGGACCCGUCGGCGGAGGAUGUGUUUAUCGGUGGAUCGACUGGCAAAUUGCGCCGUCGUUCGACGGCCGCCUCCCGCAGCCGGUUGGCCGCCUUCAAGCGUUCGCUCGUGGGUCCCAUGUUCCCGGCCCUCGGAUAUCCCCAGUUCGGCCAGUUCCUGUAUCCUUCACACGCGGCCCAAGCCCAGACAGCGCUGCUGGCCGCCCAGAUGUAUCGGUACUCACCGUACGCGCCCAGCAUGGCACCGAAACCACCAACUCUGCCACUGCCCUUGCCACUCGGUGCCGUCGGUUCCGGGUUCGGCAUGGAUCGGUUACUCGGAGCUGGUGCAGCAGCCGCAGCCGCCGCCGCCCAGAUGCACCCCCAGUCGCCGAUGGCCAAUAGCCCGCAGGCUCAACAAGCCGAGAUCUACCAAAGACUUCAGUACCAUCAGCACCUGCUGCAGCAGCAUGCAGCCGCCCAGCAAGCGGCAGCAGCCGCCCAAGCCCAUCACCAAGCGGCCGCCGCAGCCCAUCAUCAGCUACAGCAGCAGCAGCAGCAUCAGCAGCACCAGCAGCAACUCAGUCCCACCGCCAGCGAAGGAACCCACCCCGGUUCACCGCACCACCCCCACCAGCACCCGCAGCACUCGCCCCUCGGGUCGUUACCGCCCCAGGGUUCGCCUACCGGCCACGGGUCACCGACGGGACCCGGUCCGAUGAUCUUCAAACCGAUCACGCUCGUAUCCCGCCAGAGCUAGGGACCACGCGGACCAGCUACAACGGACCUUGAAGUGCAAGUGCAACACAAAACUCUAAAGGUGGCAAACGCCCGACCAGUGAUAGUAGCAAUUCGUUAGCUUUCGUUAAGACACCCCCAUCCCUGCGCGUAGUUAUCGCCGAUUGUUUAUUAUAUUUUCUGUUUGACUGUGCUGUGACUUAAUUGCGCUCGAAAUGGCGCGCGUCGUAGUGGUGCCAGUUGUUUUAAUGGUUUUUUGACUUAGUUGGAAUGGAGCAGUACCAAGCUUAGGGAACUUUUACCAAAAGUGUCCAAAUGCCAGUAGUACCGUAGGACACGAACCGAGGAAAGUAUUAGAGCAAUGUUAGGGCUUUUUACGAGUGUUUCACGCUCACCGGUGCGAAGAUGUUCGAAGGGAACCGGAAUUAGUUUUAGUUGUGUAAGAUAGCAAGUGAAGCGUUAUUUUUUAAGAGUUGUUGUAAUAAGAGGCAUCCAUUUGUGUACAUAUAGCGAAUGUUAGAGCGAUAAAUUAUAAAACGAAAAAACCAGAUCGAGCCGAGAGAUGUGGGAGUGGAAAAACUAUGGAAAAUAUACC